AUGUUUUAUAUUGGUUAAACAAUUAGUCAAUUUGAAAGAGAGUGUGUUUUUCGAUUAAUUUAAAUAAUGUUUGGUCGGUAACAAUUGAGAUCGUAUUUUAAUUUCUAUAUUCCAGUUAUCCCACUGAGUCAUCUGAGUUCAUAGAGUAUAAGGCGAAUAACCGUAUGUAUGCGUAGGUGUUGGCUACAACUAGAGAAUCUAAAGAAUCAGGAAUGUUAUCAAAAUUAGUCACAUUGAGAGAAUAGUAAAUGGAAAAUAUAAAUGAAUAGAAUUUCAACUAUAGGUAGUCCUCGUACAACAGUAAAGACAUCAAGAGGAAUGUCUGAACAUGUAGGAGUAAUAUCUCCACGUUCUUUUGGUAGAAGAUUGGAUGAGAAAUUGCCUAUGAAAGAAUUGGGAGAGAUUGCAAAUUACUUUAAUACAUUGAGAGCCGAAUAAGCAAAAACAUUAUCAAAAAAUUAUGUGAAUGAAAUGGUGCGUUUGUAGUAGUGUAUUGAGAAGAAGUUGAAAAGAUGAUGUU